AUGUCUCCCGUCAUCCGCUCCUUGAAUUCAGAACUCCUUUCUUUUCUGACCUCCAGAACCGCAAGUGCCAAUGGCUCCUUGUGCUCGCUAUCCAUCCCGCUGAGAACUCGUAGCUCUAUCAUCACCAAGAGCUCUAGAUCGGCUCUCCCAGCAUUUUUGCACAAUGUCUCCCUCAUUCUUCCUCGCACAACCACAGCCUCCCUCCGCCUACAAUCUUUCUCUACAACCUCUCAUCUCUCCAAGAAAAAGGAUAAAGGCAACAAAUCCUCGUCGCGAGAUGCGGACAGUGGAGCUCUCAGCGGCGGUGCGGAAACACUGGAUUCAGACGACCCAUUUGGCUUCACCCAGCUGGACAAUGACAUCGCAGAGGCGGUUAGAAAGCUGAAAGAUGAUAUCUCGAAGCUUCGGGCAGGCGGGAGAGUUAACCCAGAAACCAUUGAAUCGUUGCGUGUGGCGGUUACGAAGGGUGAUGGCAAGGGGAGCAAGGAGACGGUGAGACUGGGGGAGCUGGUACAGGUUAUUCCCAAGGGUGGGAGGAUGUUGACGUUACUAGUGGGAGAAGAUGAGUACGUAAAACCCAUAACCUCUGCCCUGCUCUCGUCCAACCUGUCCCUUAACCCACAAACGGACGCACACAACAGCCUUCAGCUGAAUGUGCCAAUCCCGCCUCCAACCAAGGAGUCACGCGAACAGUCUGUCAAAGACGCGAAAGCGGCUAUGGAAAGAGCUUCCAACGCCGUGCGCAAUGCUCGUGGCGCUAUUAACAAGAAGUUGAAGCAUAUGGGGGUCAAGAAGCUUGUGAGGCCGGAUGACUUGCACAAACAGAUAGAGAAAAUGGAGAAGGUGGCAGAGAAGGGUCAGAAGGAGGUUAAAGAUGUUUUUGAGGCAGCGAGGAAGGCAUUGGAGGCCUGA